GCUUCCUGCUUCUGGGACAUCCCUUUCCACACAGUAACAAACCAAGGGUCUCUUUUCAUCUUCUCCAAAAAAUGGUUCUCCUGGAACAGCGAAAAGGAAGAUGGCGACCCCCAGUUUUCCUACGCCGAUGCAUGGGCACGUGGGUCGUGGCGAGUACAGAGAUGUGUACGAGCCCGCGGAGGACACGUUCCUGUUGCUGGACGCACUGGAGGCCGCGGCGCCUGAGCUAGCGGGAGUGGAAAUAUGCCUUGAAGUAGGGUCGGGGUCUGGUGUGGUGUCUGCAUUUCUAGCUUCUAUGAUAGGUCCUCAGGCUUUGUACAUGUGCACUGAUGUCAACCCAGAGGCUGCAGCUUGUACCCUGGAGACAGCACGCUGUAACAGGGUCCAUAUCCAGCCAGUCAUUACUGACCUGGUCAAAGGCUUGCUACCCAGAUUGAAGGAAAAAGUUGAUCUUCUGGUAUUUAAUCCCCCCUAUGUAGUGACUCCAUCUGAAGAGGUAGGAAGCCAUGGAAUAGAAGCAGCCUGGGCUGGUGGCAGAAAUGGUCGAGAAAUCAUGGACAGAUUCUUCCCACUAGCUUCAGAUCUACUUUCCCCACGAGGAUUAUUCUAUCUAGUUACCAUAAAAGAAAAUAACCCAGAAGAAAUUUUGAAAACACUGAAGACCAAAGGUCUGCAUGGGAACACUGCACUUUCCAGACAAGCAGGGCAAGAAAUCCUGUCAGUCCUCAAGUUCACCAAGUGCUAAUACAAGAGACAGUGAAAGCCUGGUGUGCCAAGAACUACUAGAAACUGAAUGCAUUUCUCAGUGAAAGAAUUUUAUCAGAAUUUGUUGUAAAGAAAAGUGGAAAAUGGUGCUUCCCUCUCAUCAGGAAAUGAGGCCUACAGAAAUAUUUCUACACGUGCAAGUAAAUAUGUGUGAUAUAUUUGAAAUUUUAAUUUCAUAUGUAAAGUUAUCUAUGAAAAGAUGUUCAUUUCAGCAUUAGUUCUGAUAGCAAAACCAGGGAAUCAAUCUAAGCAUCCAUCAGGAGGGAGACUGGUUAAAAUAAACUAACUGUGUCUGUUUCACUGAAUAUACAGCCAUUAAACAUGAGUAAGGUCUAUUUAUACUGAAGCAGAAAGGGUCUGUGAUAUGCCAUUGAUUGAAAAGAGCAAGUUGCAGAGUUUUAUCGUGUGUGUGUGUGUGUGUGUGUGUAUGGUGUGUGUAUUUAAAAAACAACUAUAUGUUUAUAUGUGUAUAUAAGAAGUAAACUCAAAAGAUAAAUAACAGGAAUGGAGGAACUUUUACUCUCUUACUGUUCUAUGGUGGCAUUUAUAUUUGUACAGUGUUAGUUGCAGAAUGACCAUGGAUUCUCAAGCUUAACCCAGUGGCUGCAAUUGCAGCUGCUGUAACAGAUGUAGUUCCAUUGAGCAGAGUAGCACGUCUCUCGGUGCCUGUUAUGAUCUGGUAAAUGCCUUUUUCUCCACACCUGACAAUUAAGGCCUAGCAAUAUACCUUCACUGUCCUAUCUCAGAUAAUAUCUGCAGCCCUACAUCAUAAAUAGUUUGGAGGGGUCUUGAUCACUUUCUCAACUUCUUGGUGAGAUAUUUGCCUGUAAGAAGGUAGGAAAUCUGAUUAAAUUCAGGGAACUUUUACCUCAGUGAAAUUAGUGGGGCAUGUUGAGACAUCUCUUCUAAGGUCAAGAUGAAUACCUGAAGAGGUUCUAAAAGUAUUAACUGCUCCUACAACAAGGGCACCUGGUAGAAAAACAAGUGCAUAUUCAGGUAUGUUACUGUAGCGCAGUCACCCUAAUACUUGGCUAGUUUUUUGAGUUGGACCCAUAGGAAGCGGAGGGUUUGAACUGGUUGAGACUGCUGUGGGAGCUACUCAGCCACAUAUCCUAUGUGAUCUGGCAGACUGAGCAGUGCCGGGAGUAUCAGUGGCAGCUGGGAGUGCAAGAGAGCCUUUGGCAGGCCUCUGCAGGGAAGUUGCAGUUGCAGGCCUCUGAGGUUUUGGAGCCAGACCCUGCUAACGUCACAGGUAGCUACUCAUUUUAAGAAAGCUCUUGGCCUGCUACUGGGCCUUAGUUAAUUCUCAGCACUUAAGCGUGAUUCACCAGUUGAUCACAUGAGCUGUGCUUCCCAUCAUGAACUGGUUAUCUGACCUAACAAAGUUGGUGUGCAUAGACAUUCUCCAUCCUCAAAUGGAAAUCUUAUUAUACACAAGUGGGUUGGAGCAAGCCCUGUAUAGACGACCCAUCUAGGAAGGAAGGGAGGGGAAAGAAAAGUAAAAAAGGAUGAAGAUGCAUUGUGUACAUGUACCAG